GAUCCACCGCAGAUUGGCGCGUAACUAUCGCCACCCCCUCGUGAGUAGCUCCGCCCUUCGGCUGCGAGAGGUAAGCGGUGGGCGAGGCGGCUGCUUGGUGGAUAGACGCGCGCUGAGCUCGUACACCGGACCCCUCUCGCUGUCACGCCGCAGUAUCGUUUCUGACCGAAACAACAAGAAGAUGCCGCUGGGUGACGACUGCCAUAGCUGGAAGAAGAAAACAUCGGAUGUGAAGGAACAUUAUGACUUCAAAGAUAUCCUUGGAACGGGAGCCUUCUCUGAGGUGGUCUUGGCAGAGGAGAAAAGGACCCAAAGGUUGGUGGCCAUCAAAUGCAUCCCUAAGAAGGCGUUAGAAGGCAAGGAGAACAGCAUCGAGAAUGAAAUCGCAGUGCUGCACAAGAUAAAACAUGCCAACAUUGUGACUCUGGAAGAAAUAUUUGAGAGUAAAUCACACCUGUACCUUGUCAUGCAGCUGGUGUCUGGUGGGGAAUUGUUUGACCGCAUCAUAGAGAAGGGCUUCUACACAGAGAAAGAUGCUAGUAAACUCAUUCAGCAGAUUCUGGAUGCUGUCAAAUACCUCCAUGACAUGGGAAUCGUGCAUCGAGACCUCAAGCCAGAGAAUCUGCUUUACUACAGCAUGGAGGAAGACUCCAAAAUCAUGAUCAGCGACUUCGGGCUGUCUAAAAUUGAAGGCUCUGGCAGUGUGAUGUCCACAGCCUGCGGAACUCCCGGAUAUGUCGCGCCUGAGGUUCUGGCCCAGAAGCCUUACAGUAAAGCAGUCGACUGCUGGUCCAUUGGAGUCAUCGCCUACAUUCUGUUGUGUGGUUACCCACCAUUUUACGACGAGAACGACUCCAAACUCUUUGAGCAGAUCCUGAAGGCAGAAUACGAAUUUGAUUCGCCCUACUGGGACGACAUCUCAGAUUCGGCUAAAGACUUCAUAGUCCACUUGAUGGAGAAAGAGCCCAAUAUACGUUACACCUGUGAGCAGGCCCUGCAGCACCCAUGGAUUGCAGGAGACACUGCGCUCGACAAGAACAUCCAUGAGUCUGUCAGUGCACAGAUCAAGAAAAACUUUGCCAAAAGUAAAUGGAAGCAAGCAUUCAACGCUACAGCGGUGGUCCGCCACAUGAGGCGUCUUCAGCUGGGCACCAACAAUGAAGGACCCAACCAAGCAACCCUGACGAGCCCGUGCCGGGCUCACCUGCUGAUCCCAGGAGAGGACCCUCAACAUGAAGAGUCUUGUGGGGAGGCAGGGUGCUCCCAGGCACUGGAUGGGGACGGCAUGGACCCUCUGUCCAGCUGUACCUACCGCUGCCACCCGACCAGCCGGGUGUGAUCCGUGUGGUGCCUCACUGCCUCGUCUACCCCAGUGAUUUUUUUUUUUGCCAUUUUAAACCCCCUCGGUGAAACCAGAGGCUGUGACUCCCUCACGCCCCUUCAUGUCUGGUUCGGAAUGAGGUAUCGUUUUGACCUCUCGCCUGCAGGGGGAGCAAGUCUGUCCAGUCUGGGAAGCAAGGAGAUUCAGAUUCAGAAAAUGGGGUGAUUGAUUAUUAUGAUGACUAGUUGUCAGACUGGACGGGUAGUUUGGGCUACGAGAAUUCAAAGUAAAGAGAGGAGGACUGUUUCUUUCCAAUGCAGGACAGAGCCGAGACUAUUAUUUGGACGCAGCCUCCGUUUGCUGUUGUUGCAAUUUGUUUUGUGUUAUUUGUGCAUGAUCUGAAGAGAGAACCCCUGAGCAUGUUUUAACUUUAAAAUAUGCCCUCUUUUUGUUGUUUGCGGAGGAUGGGUUGACAUUGACAAAAGCCUUUCCGAUAUCUUUUUGAAAUCUUUUGAAUGUAACAGAGUCCAAUUUACCGGUAAUAGUACUGCAGAGUGAACACAGAUCUGUCUGCUUUGAGACACUCUGUGACCUUUAUGCAAAACUCCAUCCGUCCCUAUGUAGCCUUUUAUGAGAUUUUUAUGUAUAAAUGUGCGCGUGCGUGCGUGUAAAUGUGGUGUUUCCAUGCAACUGUGGCAAAGGCUUCCUUCCCCUUUGGCUUCUUUCAAGCUCUUGAACCAGGUGAGCACAGGGAACUUUGUCUAUGGUGCCUUUAGGGUUUACAGUGUGAACGAUUUAUUUUGGGCGGGAGCUUCUCAAGUGUGUCUAUCUGCACAGUCUUCAUGUGUUACAUUUUUGAUUAUUUUCUAUAUUCGCUACAACUACGCCAGUUUGACCGUUUUUUAUUUAAAAUCCAGGUGAAUUGUAAUCAGACAGUUAAAGUUACGCGAGCCUGAAGAUAGAAGUAUGGGUGCAAAAGAAUACAUAUACUGUAUGCAUCUAGCAAUGUGUACUGUCAACAUACGUCAUCUUUUUUUGCCCCUCGUUCUUUAUUUGGAGCCUUUUAAAAAAAACAACUUCUCGUACAUUGAAGAAUGUCAAUAUGCGUCAUUAUUUUUUAUUUCCUCACCACUCUCUGGUGUUGUCGUGAAUCCUGUAAUGUGAGUGGCUAGGUAUUGAAUGCGCUCCUUAUGAGGAGUUUUAAUGCACAUUAUUCUUCGAGAUGUUUAAAUGCGCCAAAAAUAUCCGCCUGAUGUGGCAGCGUGCAAAUCCGUUGUGAGUAGUCACCGUGAGGUCAGCGCUGGAGGGAACUAGUGAGAAACCGUGCCGAAAAACUUAAUGAUGUUGCUUCAAAUGAAAAUGCUAUCGCUUUAUUCAGCAUUUCUGUCAAGUAAGGUAACGUGGCCGUGUUUUUGGACAGUGAACUGUAAAAUGUCGACUGUAUUUUACAGCGUUUCCAAAAGUGAACUUCGCUUAUGUAUUCUGAAAUUGACUUGAUUGACAAAGGGGAAAUAUAACAUGGAAUUCUUUUUUUUUCAAAGCGCUCUGAUGUUCUGAGCUCUUGUUGUCAUGCCAGUGUUGUGUUGUGCAGGAUGAUGUCACGUUAUUGUUCUUCAGACCAAAAGCUAGUCGAGACUCAAUCAACAGCAGCGUGCUGUCUCACUUUUGGUUGAGUCUGUUUCAAGCAGAAUUCUUAACAGUCAAUUAAUCCACUGAUUAUCCCAAAUGCACCCCACCC